GUCAGUCGGUUAGAAUUGAGCAAUAACUAACUUCUUUAGCAAAAACAAGUUUCUGUGUCGAGUUGAGUAAUCAGUAAGAAGCCUCUUCCUCUUUCCUCUUCACAAAUUUCUGUGAAUCCUGCAGAGCUGCAAGGACUUAACCCUUUACACACAGAUACGUCCGACUCUGACAUGGGAGCCGUCCUAGCCGUGGUGGUCGAGGUGGCUGUAGCAGGAAUAGCUGCCGCGGCUGAAGCUGCCUCUACAGAGGCUGUCGCUGCUCUGGUGGAGGUUGGAGUGGAAUCUAUUGUGGAGGCCGGAGAAGGUGCAGUCACUGCAGCAGAGACGGCGGCAGAAGGCGCCGCAGAGGCAGCGGCCGAAGGUGCAUCCGAGGCAGCGGGUGAAACAGCAGCUGAGGUGGAAUCCAGUACAGCGGCCGAAAUCACAGCCAAGAUUCUCUCCUACAUACCCAAACUCUGCAAACUUAUAAAGGAAGCUUGUGCCAUCGACGCCGUAUUCAGAGCUGCAAAAGAGGUUUUAAAAUUGUUCUUGAGUGAUCCUUCAGUGGAGGAAAAAUACAAGAGGCUGCAGGUAGUUGUGAAAAUUUUAGAAACGCUCAACGAGAAGAUGAAUGAGAUCACCACGUGGCUAGAGGACCACAAGAAUGACUCUGUAGUACUGGAGGGGAUUGAUGUUCCCCUGGAGUCAGGAGUCCUGGCCAAAUUCUUACAACAACUCUCUGUGGCUCUGGGAAACAUGCAGAGACUGGCAGAUGACAUCAACACGCUCAACCAGAACAAAACACCAAUUAAAGAUGCCCAGAUUACCACCAUAAACCGCAGCAUGAUCCGCAUUGUAUCAACAUUUGAGUCUCUCACCCAGUUCAAAGAAGAAAAACAGAGCAAAAUCGCUGCAUUGGCAUCACUUCCUGUCAUUUUGAAGGAAGUGGAGGAGUGGAAGCAUGAGCUGGGAUCUGACGCUGGUCCGACUCUCGAUCUCUUACAUCUGCCCAUGUACAAACAUAAGUAAAAAAAACACACACACACAUGGACUGUCCAGAAGCAGACGAAUAAAACUGUGUCCUGAUUCAGUAUCAGUGUAUAACCAAGUCUGAUGAUUUUAUUGGUCUCAAUCAGCAUGUUAUCAGUUAUAUUAUAUAUCAGUGCUGUUAGAGUGAACGAGUUGGAUUAGGUUAAGAAGUCAUUGUUUUAAUGCUCUGAUUGUGGUACAGUUUUCAGGAAAAUUUGGCCAAAAGAGAAAUAAACUCAGUCUGAACAAACAUCUUCUGCAAACACAAAUUCAGUGCUAAAUGCUAAGUUACAGGGGUCCAGUAAUUAUUUUAAUAGAUAUUUAAAAAAAACUACACCUUACUAUUAUUUGAGAAAUGAUUUACACAUGAAGAAAAAAGCAGAAGAAAAAAAUCCCUGGUAAGAAAUGAAUGCUAACUAACUGUGUGUUUGCUUCAUGCUUGCACUUGUUGAUGUAACUGAUUUGGCUAAUUGACUAGUUACUAGUAACUAAGUGUGAAGCUAACACAUCUUAACUUGCUAGCUUGUUACUCUGAGUUGUGUGUAGCCUGUUAACAGCUGAAAGUGUUGAAAAGCUUUAAUCCCAUACUGUACUGAUGAACCAAUAAAGAAACUCAAAUCUUU